AUGCCGAAGCUUCUCGAUCUACCACCAGAGCUUUUCAGCCACAUCGCCUCAGUUCUGGCAGAGCCCGAAGACAGGUCGCUUUCCUAUGAAAAUGGCCAAGGGCCGCUGUACCACAUUCCUGGUCAGAACAUGUAUGCGCUCACAGCCUUUGGACAGACAUGUCAGCGCGCCCUUGAAGCUGUCCAGCCGCACUUUUUCAGACAUCUCUCUCUUGACCUGAGAAAUGGCAACGGGCCCCUGAUUGACCUGCUCAUGACUUGGGAGGCACAACCCGAGCUGGCCAUAUGUCUCAGGACCCUGCGCGUUUCUCUGAGCCAGAACGCUCAGCAUUGCGCACCACUCACCCGCGAGGAGGCGUCGGUGCUAUCUGCCGUCGCGAAGAGGCUUGGGGUGCGCUUUUCUGGGCCCGUACCGAUCUGGGCCAUGAGCGGCUUCCUCUUGGCGCUUGUCGUCUUGCAGGCGCGCCAUAUUCAAGUCCUGGACAUUCAGGCCGGAGCGAGAGAUGAUUUCCCGCCAUCUAUAGAAGCAAUCAUAAGGCGAGAACCGUUUAGCCAAGGGGAACAAUAUCCAUUUCACCUAUUCCCUUCCGCGGCGGAAACCACCGUUCGCCUGCACCACCUACGCCGCUUUCGAUGUUACUGCAGUUCCCGCGAUGCUCGCUCGGUUAUGUUGAGCGAAGUAUGCAAGGUGCUGAACCUAGCGCCCAAUAUCGACACGGUUGAAUUGACAAAGGUCCGGGACGACGAGCCUGAGGUGAAUUGGAGCAGUGUCACUAGUCUAAGCUUGACAUCCAUCGUCGCAGAGCCGAGCAGAAUCACCCGAAUGAUCAAAUCUUGCAAGGCGCUACGCGAGUUCAAGUUCGACGCCGGCGGAGUCGACAGAGAAACCACUCCGAGCCAGAUCUUGGGUGCUCUGGCAAAACACUCGAGCACAAUCCGGACACUCUCGAUUCAGUGCAUGCGUCUCCCAGACGCCGAACGCCUGGGAUCGCUUGCCUCCCUCGGGCGCCUCCAAAAGCUCAUGAUUCGGCGGUGGGAUUUGCGGCGUGACGUGCUGCUCUCAGCGCCAUGGUUGCAGACUCUCCACAUCCUUCCCUUCGACAUGGGCAACGAACGCGACAGAGAGGUAAUCGAUUGGUUCGCGGGUGAAGUGAAGAAGGGAUCUUUCCCGCAGUUCCGGGAGAUGAUACUCAGUCACUUCGCGUGCGGCGACGACCCUGAAGGCCGACACGGCCACAGUCUCCAGUGCAGCUACGGUCUACGAGGCGACGUCACGCUCGAGUCGUUGGAGAGGAGUGCACGAGAGCCUCUGAGGUCCACACUCGGGCUUUUACUCGAAGACGCCGAGAACAAGGUAUGCCCGACGGCAGCGUUCGUCCGGAAGGUUUUCACGACGCUUAUCAAGGCGGGGGUUACGUGCAAGUUGCACGACCACGCCAGGUUCGAGUGGGCAGCCGCGGCGCAACGGGGCGAGGACGACGCUGGGUCAGUGUCCGAAUUCGAUCGCGAUUCGUCUGACGGCAUUCCCGAGGAUGUUGCGUUCUGGAGAGGCGAUGGGGAAGACGGCGGGGGUGACGUGGAUGGCAAUCAGGCCGCCACGGGGGAGGGAAACAACGGCGGGGUUCAAGACGAGGAGGAUCAGGAGGAAAUGGACGACGCCGACGACGAUGAGUAUGAGUAUUUCUGA